AUGAGCAAUAAGUCGCGCGCGAGCUCCGCCAAGGAGCGCAGCGUUUUCGUCGGAAACAUCCCGUACGAUGUGACAGAGGACAUGCUCAAGGAAAUCUUCUCGGAGGCGGGCUCCGUCGUGAAUUUCCGCCUCGUGACGGACCGAGAGACCGGCAAGCCCAAGGGCUACGGCUUCUGUGAGUAUGCGGACGGAGCGACGGCGCUUAGCGCCAUGCGCAACCUCAACGGAUACGAGAUCAACGGCCGCAACCUCCGCGUGGACUUUGCGGACGGCGGCGACAAGUCUGGAGGAGCGGACAGGAAACGCCACGACAAUGGCAGUCACGCCCGCCAUGGAGGGACCAGCGGCAGCAACUUUAGGAACGGCGGGUCCGAUGGAGGACCUCCAACGAUGGUGACGGGCGAGAUGGCGAUCCACGCCAUCGAGUCGGCCAUUGCUCGGCUGGGUCCGGUCAAACUCUACGACAUGCUGGUGCAGCUCAAGGAGCACGCGAGACAGAAACCGGAGGUCACCAAGAGCAUCCUGAUGGCCAACCCGGCACUCACCCACGCGAUCGUUCAGAGCUUCAAAACGCUGCAGAUCCCCAUUCCGUCGUCGACGGAGACGCAACCGGUGCUGCUGGCCCCUCCUCCAAUGAUGCACCAGCCUCCGCUGAUGGCGGGACGGAUGAUGCCGCCUCCGCCACGCCCGCUGAUGGGAGGGCAUAUGGGUCCUGGGCCAGGCAUCCUCGGCAUGGCGCCUCCUGGAGUUCAGCCGGGAAUGAUGAAUCCUGCACCCGCACCAGCUCCGGCAAAGUCUGGUGGUACGCGCUGGAGUGCGCGGCCUGGACCUCUGGCUGCUCAAGCCACGAGCUCCGCUAUGGGCGGCCGACCAGCAGUAGGCAUUCCGGCGUCUAGCCCGAUGCACGCUCAGCCUCAACCGGGCUUGAUGCCAACUCCGACUGGUCCGCCGCAGAGUAGCGGGCCUCCGAGCAGCAACUUGGCGCACGCCAGCCGUGACCCUCGACGUGCAGGCCGAGACCCUCGUUUGGCAAAGAGACCGUAUCCCGGCGAGCAAGGGCUGGCACCGCCGACAGGAGACAAUGACCCGUCCAAGCGGUCCAAGCCGAGCGGUUUUGGUGCGGACGCUGCGCCUGGCGGACAGUUCGACGCCAUCGCCGAACUCGCGCGCGACAUGACCCCGCAGAAGCUGGACAUGCUGCCGCCUAACGAGCGACAAAUGCUGCUGGCCUUCAUGCAGCAGAACAACAUUCCGUUUUAA